AUGCUGGGCCGGCACCCCCUGCUGCUCAUCCUAACUGGACUGCUCUCCCUGGGAUGUGCCCUGACUCAGUGGUGUACCAAGGACAAAGUGAACACCUGUCAGGACUGCAUCAGGUCAGGGCCUGGCUGCGCCUGGUGCCAGAAGCUGAACUUCACAGGCCAAGGGCAGCCAGAGUCUCUCCGCUGUGACACCUCAGAGCAACUGUUGUUAAGGGGCUGCACAUCUGAGUACCUCGUGGACCCCAAAAGCCUUGCUGAACCCCAAGAGGACAAGGACAGGGACCAGAAGCAGCUGUCCCCACAAAAUGUGACGCUUUACUUGAGACCAGGUCAAGCGGCAGCAUUCAACGUGAGCGUCCAGAGGACCCAGGACAACUCUGUUGACCUGUACAUCUUGAUGGACAUCUCUGACUCCACACAAGACCAUCUUUCCAAUGUCCAGACACUGGGCAGUGACCUGCUCCAAGCCCUCAAUGAGAUCACCAGAUCAGGCCAUAUUGGCUUCGGAUUCAUCAGGAACAUGACCUUCCAGCACAUCCUGAAGCUGACCGAUGACUCCGGUCAGUUUCAGAAGGAACUGGUGAAGCAACUGGUUUCUGGAAACCUGGAUACUCCCAAGGGACAACUGGAUGCUAUGAUGCAAGUCGCCACGUGCAUGGGAGAAAUCGGUUGGUGCAAUGGGACACGGUUUCUGGUGCUGGUCACGGACAACGAUCUCCAUUUGGCUAAAGACAAGAGUCCGGGUACCAGACUGAAUCCCAGUGAUAGUCAUUGUCACUUGGAAGAUGGCAUGUUCAAGAGCAGAAGAGAACCUGACGACCAUUCAGUGCUCCAGCUGGCAAGGAAACUGGCUGAAAACAACAUCCAGCCCAUUGUCAUGGUGCCCUCGAGGGUGGUGAAAACAUAUGAGAGACUCACCACGUUCAUCUCCACGUUGGCCAUCAGGGAACUUUCGCGUGAUUCCAGCAAUGUGGCACAGUUCAUUAAGGAUACCUACAGGAGACUCACCUCCAGAGUCUUCCUGGACCACACCACCAUCCCCAACACCCUGAAAGUCACCUACGACUCCUUCUGCAGUAACGGGGCAUCAAGUACAGGCAAAUCCAGAGGAGAGUGUGACGGUGUACAGAUCAACGACCAGGUCACCUUCCAGGUCACUGUCAUGGUUUCAGAGUGCAUUCAGAAGCAGGCCUUUGUCAUCCAGGCCCUAAGCUUCACUGAUACGGUGACCGUGCGGGUCCUUCCCCAGUGUGAGUGCCAGUGCCGGGACCUGAGUCAGGAGCAUGGCCUCUGUGGAGGAAAGGGUGUCAUGGAGUGUGGCAUCUGCAGGUGCAACUCUGGCUACACAGGGAAAAACUGUGAGUGUCAGACACUGGGCCAGAGCAGCCAGGAACUGCAGAGAAGCUGCCAGAAAGACAACAGCUCCCUUGUGUGCUCAGGAUUGGGAGACUGCAUCUGUGGGCGGUGUGAGUGCCAUACCAGUGACGACCCCAACAAAGAGAUCUUUGGGCAGUACUGCGAGUGUGACAGUGUAAACUGUGAAAGAUACAAUGGCCAAGUCUGCGGCGGUCCACAGAGGGGCUCCUGCUUCUGUGGCCAGUGCAUUUGCAAGGAUGCCUUUGAAGGUUCAGCCUGCCAGUGUCGGAGGUCCACUGAGGGCUGUCUGAGCAAAAACCUGGUGAUGUGCAAUGGCCAUGGCCGCUGCCGCUGCAACAGUUGUGAGUGUGACCCCGGCUACCAUCCACCACUGUGUGAGGAGAGCUCCGCUGUUUCUCCUGCUGCUUUCUCCCGCUGCCACAAGUACAUCUCCUGUGCCAAGUGCUUAAAACUCAGCAAUGGAGCACCUUGCUUCUGGGAGUGUAUGGAUCUGUUGAGUUCAGAAUUUCAUCGCAAGAACUGCAGUGAACAGGAUGCAGAGGGCUGCUGGACAACCUACACUGUGCGCCAGCGAGACCGGAGAAGCAUCUAUUCCAUCUAUGUAGAGGAGAGCCGAGAGUGUCCCAGUGUCACCACCAUUGUGCUGGGCAUUGCAGUGGGUGUCCUGCUGCUUGCUGUCCUCCUAUUGGUCAUAUGGAUAAUCCACCUGAAGGAAACCCAGAAGGUCAAGCUUUCCAGAAUGGGUGGGGUUCAGCGCACGCUGGACCAGCAGCCUCAUCUUCAAGAACAGCACCAUAAGGAAUUACCAUGGUGGCAUCAGGAGAAACGGGAGACCUGA